UUGAAAGCGAGAGGGCGGUACAGCGGACGAAGCAGUAGUGGUAGUAGGUAUCAGUGAAGGGCACGGACGGAGCACAUCGUCAUUAUCGCUGCAGCGGAGACAGACAGGUGAUAAGCCAUGGGAGGACACGAUUCUGGGUCACACCACCAAUUCACUGGUUUCCAGAAGUACUUCAAUGCGUACACCAUCACAGGAAGGAGAAAUUAUGUGCUGGCUACCUAUGGAACAAUAGCAGCGGUUAUCCUUUUCUUUAAAUUAAAACCUAAGAAACAAGCUGCAGUCACAGAAAAAUAAUGGAUCCUGGAUGUUGAGGCUGAAAUCAAAGCUGUAGAUCGAUCCCGUGCUGGACACUCACUGAUAUACCAUUAAAGACACAGAACUUAUACUUGUUUUCUUUUAUUUACAAAAUAUCAAGUUUAAAAAAAACUGUACAAAAAGUGGCAGCUACUGUACAUCCUGCCCAGCUGUUCAUGUUACACGUCAGCACAUUCUGUUAGAGGUAUAUGAUGAAAUAAAUGUCACAAGUAGGUUU